CGCGCCCCGGGAAGAUGCUGAGCAGGUGGAUGAGUGGCAGCAGCAGGAACCUGGACCGCGAGUACAACUGCACCGUGCGGCUGCUGGACGACAGCGAGUACACCUGCACCAUCCAGAGAGAUGCCAAGGGCCAGUACCUGUUCGACCUUCUCUGCCACCACCUGAACCUGCUGGAGAAGGAUUAUUUCGGCAUCCGCUUCGUGGACCCCGACAAGCAAAGGCACUGGCUGGAGUUCACCAAGUCGGUUGUGAAGCAGAUGCGGGCCCAGCCGCCCUUCACCAUGUGCUUCCGAGUCAAGUUCUACCCCACGGACCCCGCGGCGCUGAAGGAGGAGAUCACCAGGUACUUGGUGUUCCUGCAGAUCAAGAGGGAUCUGUACCACGGCAGGCUCCUGUGCAAGACGUCAGAUGCUGCUCUGCUGGCUGCCCACAUCCUGCAGGCUGAAAUCGGGGACUACGACCCAGGCAAGCACCCCGAGGGUUACAGCUCCAAGUUCCAGUUCUUCCCCAAGCACUCGGAGAAGCUGGAGAGGAAAAUCGCAGAGAUCCACAAGUCAGAGCUCAGUGGGCAGACACCAGCCACUUCAGAGCUGAAUUUCCUCAGGAAAGCCCAGACUCUGGAGACCUACGGGGUGGACCCUCACCCGUGCAAGGAUGUGUCUGGCAAUGCAGCGUUCCUGGCCUUCACCCCCUUUGGCUUCGUGGUGCUGCAGGGGAACAAGAGAGUUCACUUCAUCAAGUGGAACGAGGUGACCAAGAUGAAAUUCGAAGGGAAAACUUUCUACCUGUAUGUGAGCCAGAAGGAGGAGAAGAAAAUUGUUCUCACCUACUUUGCCCCGACGCCAGAAGCCUGCAAGCACCUCUGGAAGUGUGGGAUCGAGAACCAGGCGUUCUACAAGUUGGAGAAGUCGAGCCAGGUGCGGACGGUGUCCAGCAGCAACCUGUUCUUCAAGGGCAGCCGCUUCCGCUACAGCGGCCGCGUGGCCAAGGAGGUGAUGGAGUCCAGCGCCAAGAUCAAGAGGGAACCGCCCGAGAUUCACCGGGCCGGGCUGGUGCCGAGCCGCAGCUGCCCGUCCAUCACACACGGCCCCCGGCUGAGCAGCGUCCCCCGCACCCGGCGGAGAGCCGUGCACAUCUCCAUCAUGGAAGGGCUGGAGUCGCUCCGCGACAGCGCGCACUCCACGCCGGUGCGCUCCGCGUCCCAGGGCGAGGCGCUGGCGGGGCCGGGGCGCGGCGGCCGCGCCGACAGCAGCGAGCGGGUGGCGGUGAUCGCCGACGAGAGCUACAGCCCCGCCGACAGCGUGCUGCCCACGCCCGUGGCCGAGCACAGCCUGGAGCUGAUGCUGCUGUCGCGACAGGCCAACGGCGCGCCCUGCAGCAUCGAGGAGGAGAAGGAGUCGGAGGCGGGCACGCCGGCCGAGGCGGAGGGCGAGCUGCGGGCGCUGUGCCCGGGCGGCGCCGGCCUGGGGCCGGCACAGGCCCAACAGGUGAAUAAGUUUCUUUUAAGUGUCCUCCGUUUGCUCCUUGUGACAGUUGGACUCCUGUUUGUUUUGCUCCUCCUCCUGAUCGUCCUUACCGAGUCCGACCUUGACACUGCCUUUUUCCGCGAUAUCCGCCAGACCCCAGAGUUCGAGCAGUUCCAUUACCAAUACUUUUGUCCCCUCAGGCGAUGGUUUGCCUGCAAGCUCCGCGCCGUGGUAAGCCUGCUCAUUGACACCUGAAGGCAGGAGGCGGCGCGGGGGGCCAGCAGCUGCGGGACCCUCAGUGACCCCCCGAGCCAGAGCCCGGCCGGCCGGGCAGGGCUGUCCGGGAGGAAGAGGAGGGUGGGCGCAGCCCUGGCAGCCCCCUGCUCCCCGCGGGCACCCCGCAGCCCCCCGUCCCUCCCGACCUGGGGAGCACCGGGCGGGGAGCUCACGCCGAGCCCCCGGAGCUGCAGCGCUGGUGCUGCCGAGGUGAAUUUCACACCCGUGCACUGUCGGGGCGCUGGAUCCGCGCUGUGCCGCCCCCCGCCCUCCCCCUCGGCGCAGCUCCUCCCGGUGACACGAGUGACACAAGGUGACACGGGACACCCCGCUGC